AACAGCAUAACUAACAUGUAUUUCUCUCUCUUUCUUCUCCAGGGUUUACUGGAUUCGUCUAUUCUGCACUUUAACGACCUGCAAAGCCGUUUAGGAUACUUCCAAUUGUCCUUUCAUAAUGGGAUUUUGGAGGAACAUCAACAAGAAACAGAAACAAGAAGCGUGGACUUUUCUCGUUUGAAAAUCAAAUUGUUUCAUAUUAGAGUUUUAUUUUAUCUAGUCUUAGAGGAGCUUGAAGUCAUGCCAGUUUCAGGAUAUGAAGAGCCUGGGUUUAAACCCGUCGGUUGGCAUCCUAGUGAUUCUAUUGCAGGUGUGCCCAUCAAGAAAAGAAGGUUCCCAUUUGUUGUGUCUCAGUCACCUCCUCAGACACAGUCAUCACAGGCAGUGGAACCUGGUCAAACAGAGAAAGAACAUUCUGAUGUAAAGGCAGAGUCAUCUUCAAAUGAAGGUGAUGCAAGGGAUGUUUCUGGGAUUUCUGGUACAACCAGAAGUUAUUCCCUGGAAGAAAAGGGUAAAUCUUCUGCUGAUAGUAAUGUUAACUCUGUUGAAAGUAAGGUUAAUCUUCAGGUUAAUCUUCCUGGAUUUGGUCUUGGGGAACCAACUUAUGCUGUGGCCUCAGGUUCUGGUGCUGAAAAGAGCAACAAACAGGAAGUUAUGGCUGCUGAUAGGCCAGUCUACCCAAAAAUUCCAGAAAAUGCUGAACAACAGUUGGUACAAAAGGGAACUACUAUGCUGGGAAUUGUGGAAGGAGCAAGUUGGAAGGAGAAACUUGAGAGCAAUAAUGGUUUUGAACUUCUGAAUUCUUCAGGAAAUUCUGAAUUACCAUUAGUGCCAAAGGAACCAACUAUUUCAGCUUUGACAGGUCUAGACAGCCAUGGGAGCUGUGGAAAGCAAGAACUUAUCGAUCCAUGUUCGUUGAACUUGACUCUGGCCAAGGCAGACCCUGAUGUAAAGAAUAGAAGAAAUGUUUCUGAGUCGGCGAUUGGUGGUACUCUUCCACCUGCUAACAGGUCACAUUGGGAUUUGAAUACUAUGAUGGACACAUGGGAGGAUUCCAUGAAUGAUGCAUCCACUUCUCACAAAUUACGUGGUGCUGAUGGGUCAGAUGGAGCUGCCAUACUUGGUAUUGAGCCUGUAGUAUCUUCGGCUGUAAUGGCUUUUGGGGAACCUGAAAGCAGCAGUGGCGUUACUCUAGGGAAAGACAUUCUUGAUAAAAAUGAAUACAAGUCUAAGCUUCGCAGCUUCUCCAACCCUCAUAAUAAACAAAUUAUAUCUGAUGAUCUUCUUAAUCUCUGCCUUAGUCCAUCUGGUCUCCUCAAGUCAAACUUCAGUCGAGAACAGUAUUGUAUGCCAAGGAAAAUAGAUUCAAUGGGAGUAGAAACUAACUUGAAAUUAUCUGAAACAGUGGUGUCAUCAGCCAGAAAAUUUAAAAUGGUUGGUAGAAUUGUAAAGUCUGAGCCAUUUGAUGAGGUGAACAAGCAGGAUCUUAGGGCUGCAAACGCAAGCUCUGUGAAAAUUUCAGAUACUAGAAUUGUAAAAUCUGAACCAUUGGAAGAUCACAGCCAAGAAUCCCUCAAAUCAUUGAAGACCAGGAAUAUGAAAUUGGUAGAUGAUGGGUAUGUAAAGUCUGAGCCAGUAUACAAAAAUUAUCAAGGAGUCCUCAAACCAGCGGAAGAAAUACAAAGCCAAUUAAAGCAGGCAACAUGCACUGCAGGUGUGCCUAUAAUAGAGGCUGGAUUGCACUUUUCAGAUAUUCCAGUGGGAGAAAUGCAAAGCCAAGUAGAGCAGGCAACAUGCACUGCAGGUAUGCCUAUAAUUCAGAAUGGAUUGCACUGUUCAGAACUUCCUACCUGUAGAAUGGAAACAUAUGGUACUGGGCGGUUAUUGGGCCCUUCGGAGUCUCAUGCUUAUGCAGUGGAUAUUCCCAGGAGUGCAGAGGUUUCCUGCGAGUUAGAUUUACCUUCUUGUACAAACGAAACACCUGUCAAAGGUGAUGUAACACUGGAAGCAUGUGGAAGUUAUGGUGGGGUCAAUUCUGACGUGGCUUCUGAAUCUGUUGGUAAUGAUGCCAAGGAAUCAAAGACAGGAGUUGUUAUGAUAGCUACUUCAGAAACGAAAGCUUCAGGUGGUAUUGAUCUGGAAUCUUCCAGAUUAAAAUUGACUCAUGAGCUUCGCCCAGAUUCAUAUCAGCAUGGUGAGGUAGCUGAUAGUGAUGAGGAAAAGAUCAACAUUUCUACGGAUAUGCUGGAGGAUGAUUCUUAUGAUACUGGCGAUGAAUCAGAUGGUAGUCAUGCAAUGGGUGUUACCAGUGUAGAAGAUAAACAACAUCGGGUAGAAGAUGAUUUUGAAGAUGGUGAGGUUCGAGAACCAUUGUUGCAUGAAGGUGGUGAGUGUGAGGAAAAAGAAAAAGAGCAUAUUGAUUAUGGAGAGUCUGAAAAUAAGGAUGCCAGCAUGUGUGGUGAUCAUGUCUCUACAUCCACUGGUGAGGACAGAAGUGCUAAAAUAGAAGAAAAUGGUGAGUCAAAUAAUGCUUUUUGUGGAGGAGAGUGCAACAACAGCUUGCUUAAUGAAACAAAUGAUCAAGACGCGGGCAAAGUUGCAACAUCACAAGAAUCAUUGGGAGUCAGAAUGCCACAUACUGAAUCUGAUGAGAAGGUAACAAUUAGAGCUGCUAGACGAGAAAUACUAAAUUGUUCAGGAAGGGAAGAUGGGUCGAUGGGUCAUGAGGGGGAUCUAACAUCCAAUCAUGCACUUUGUGAUUGCCAGGGGACUGCCACAGGUGAUAUUCAAUCUGAUGCCAUAAGCCAACAGGAGCAUGUCAAAGGAGCUGAUCCAGGUGAAAUUAAUCAUUUGGUUUUGCCAAAGGCAGAUCCAUCAAUUGAUGGUGAUGAAGCAACUAAAGAUGCCAAUGGUAGAGGCACCAGAAGGCGCAUUAUAAAUUUGCCUCGAGCUUCAAAUGGGUCAUCUUCAAGUAGACUGAGAACUAUUCCCGGGAGGUCGUUGCCAUCACUAAUUGAAAAGGAAAUUUAUACUGAUGUUGUACUCAAGGGUGAUAAAAUACAUGGUCAAGGGAAUAGAGAUGAAAGCUACAAUGAUGGAGCUCGCAAGUUUGAAAGAGAGAGGAAUCAAGAUCAGGCAGUUGGAAACUCUGGAUCUGAUUUUCUGCAUUGCAGAGGAAGGGUUGACAAUCGGUUGGACACGCUACAUGGCGAUUGGGAUUCUGAUCAUGACUUUGGUUCAGAACACUACAAUGGUCCGAUUGGUCUUCGACUACCUAGACCUAAAAAUGCAGUUGCAGUUGCUGCUGCUAAGUUUGAGUGCAAUGGCCUCAUUGUUGCCCCUGAUGGUACUGUUGUAGGUUCUGGCAGGGGAGGGAGGAAACCCUUGAAUGAUGAUUUAUCAGUUUUUUGUCAUCCAUUAUCUAGGAGACGAUCACCUGUUGGUAGAGGAGGUCCUGGUACACAUGUGGUUCGCAGACCAACUAGAGAUGUGAGCCCCGAUAGAUGCACUAGUGGAUUGAGACAUGAAGAGAAAUAUUUGAGGGGUAUGCCGGAAGACAUCUUGGAUCCUGUAUUUUCACAUUCCCAACCUCAAUAUGAUCGAGUGGAUCCUUUUCUGAUGGGGGGCAGAAGCUUUUCACCUGUUCACAGGAGGGUUCCUCCUCGUGUGCCUCGAAUUCGGUCAAAAUCUCCUCCAAGAUCCAGAUCUCCUGGUCCAUGGUCAUCUCCUAGACGAUCUCCUGAUGGUUUUGAUGGACACCCCGCAAUGACUCGUCGUAGAUCUCCACCAGUAUACAGGAUGGACAGGAUGAGAUCUCCUCAUCAACGUCCUUGUUUUGCUGAUGAUAUAGUGGGUAGAAGGCAUGGUUCUCCCCCCUACAUGUCUCGACUACCUAAUGAGAUAAGGGAGAUGGGUUCUUCUAGAGAGAAUGAGCAUCCAAGGCCAUUCAUAUCAAAUAGGAGCCCAUCUGCCAGGGGCAGGGGCAGGGGUUUGCCUAGAAACAAUAGGAGAUUUGAUAUGAUUGAUCCUCGAGAAAGAAUAGAGGCUGAUGAGUACUUUGGUGGGCCUAUGCGCUCCGGACGAUUUCAUGAACUAGGAGGUGAAGGUGUUGACGAGAGGAGGAAGUGCAAUGAGAGGCGUGGACCUAUUCGUUCUUUUAGGCCUCCAUACAAUGACAAUCAUGUUGAGAACUUCCGAUUUCAUUUUGAGGAUGGUCCUAGGCCUAAUCAGCCCUGUCCAGAAGCUGACACUGAGUUUCAUGAACGAGGCAGCUUUAGGGAAAGAGAAUUUGAUAGGCGACUUAAAUUCCGUCCAGGUAAUAUGCAUAGAAGAACAAGAAGUAUUGAAGAACAAGAAGAAAAUUACAGGCAUGGUGGACAGGGCUGGAAUGAUGCUGGUUUUGAUGAUGUUGCUCGGGUGAAAAGAAGAAGAUUUUGAUCAUGUUCAUUUUUGUCUGUUAUGAUAAUUAAAUUAUCCGCAAGUGGUGGUAUAAUAAAAGCUUAAUGUGUCUGUCCUGCAAUUCUGUGAGGGCUGAAGUUAUUUUUGGUUGAACUCAGAAGUAAAUCACUAACUUUUGUAUGUAGUUCUUUGUGAAGUGCUCAAAAUUACUUCAGUUGCACCCCGGCUGAUCAACCUAUGAAAAGAAUACGUGUUGACCUUUUGGGUGAACUAUACUUGCAUCAUUGCUGCUUCACUCUACAUAAAAUGCCUGCUGAUGAUCCGAUGGAAUCUGCACGUGGUAUAGUACUCCUUAGUCUAUCUGUAACUACAUAUUCUGGUAACACUUUUUGCUUUUAUAUGCCAUAGAUCUAUGUCAGCUCAUCCUAUGUUAAUGGACGUUGCUUUGGUACUAAUGGCUUAUGUAAAUCCUUGGUUGGUGACUACUUUGUGAGUUUUUAUAUGGUUUUGUGAAUACUUGGUGGUCAGUAGAAGGUAUGCUACAGAGAGCCAUUAACUAUGCUAAGUCAUGAAGGUCCUCUUAAUUGCAUCAGUUGGUUUGGAUAUACUUCCACAAAUUUACCCAUAUAUGGCCCCUUGGUUCGAACUGUCUUUUGUGGGAGUCAUUAACCUCUUGGAUCUGUGGCUCUAGGUUAUGAUGAUCAGGAGGUUGGUUAAUGCUUCAAUUUUGACAUGGAAUACAUUAACCUCAUGGAUCUGCAGCUCAUGUUGUUAAUGAUCAGGACCUUGGUUGUUGCUUCUAUUGCGACAUGGGAGUCAUUAACUGGUUGAACUUUAUCUGCUUGCAUGCUCCCUUGAAUUUGUACUGGUUGUACUGCUGUGCAGGUGGUACUGCUGUGCAGGUGGUACUGCUGAGAGGUAACAUGGUAUGCUUCACAUGUUUAUGUUCUUGGGGCGCUCUGUGGUCUGGUUGCAUGAGAAGAUGCUAGGAGCCUGAUAUUAAGUGGAAUAUGGGGUGCAGCAGAAUAUCUCUGCGGUCUGUUGCAGUGGGCACUUGAUCUGAAACAUUUUGAAGUCCAAAGUAAGAGGUCUCUAGUGGUAUAAUGUACAGAUGAUAAAUGCUUAUAUGGAUACAUUGCUUAUGGAUGGUAUUUGGUAUUCUCUUGAUGUGCUUUCUGGUUUGAUUGAAUGAGAAUAUGGUGUUGAUCCUGAAGUUACUGGGAAUGUGGAGUCGCCAUGAAAUCUUUGUAAGCAAUGGGAAUAUUGGGUUUAAGUUGUUUAACCCAAAGGUAACUUGACAAAACUGUAGUUCAACUAACAUGCAAGUUGUUAGUUCAUGGCUUCUGGAAUUGGGAAAGAUGGAAUCCUGGAAAUGCAUCAAGAUCUAUAAUAACUUCCAUGCAUCAAAGAUAGAACCACCUUACUUGUUGAGGUGUUUUUUGCAGCUCUGGGGUCAUUCCAUUCUGAUGUGGGACUUCUUGUUUUCCUGUUUCCUUUUUCCGAAGCCACGUUCCUUUUUUGGAUGUAAAUAUUGAAUAGAAAGCAUUCUACUCUGUGUCGGCUGGUGGUGGGCACUGUAUCCAGAGUUGAAAUCAAUCCUUUGUACUUGGCAGGGAUAAGGGGAAUGGAUUUGAUUGUAUGCUUACUUUCACUUUCUCAUGUGCUCAUUAUCUUGACAAGGAAAUUCAGGGAUUACCAUGGGAAUAGAUGUGAUGGUAUGCUUACAUUCUUGAUGAA